AUGCAGUCGCUCCAAACCUGGCUGGGAGGGGGAGCGCCCGACAAGGAGCCGCCGGCGGGGUCCAGCGUGCUCAGCGAAUGGAACAAGUAUAGCAGCGGCGGCGCCGCAACCGCUGCACCCGCCGGCACCGACCCGCUAGCUGCAGCAGAGGAGGGCACCUCAGCCAAGAGCCUGCUGUCGAGCGCAGUCAACCUGGUUAGCGGCGCGGCCAGCAGCGCGGCGGCAGCAGCGAGCGGGGCGGCCUCAAACGUCCCCAGCACCACGCAAUGGACCUACUUUGCUUUCUUCCUGGGUUCAGGUGCCCUGUUCCUGGGCAUGGCCUUCUUCCUCUUCCUGCCCAUGAUCAUCCUGGCGCCCGCCAAGUUUGCCAUGACCUUCAGCAUCGGAUCAGCGCUGGUCAGUGCAUCCCUGGGCGCGCUCAAGGGCUGGAAGACCAUGUUUGGGCACCUGGCCUCCCGCGACCGCCUGCCCUUCACCGCCGCUUAUUUUGGCUCGCUGGUGGCCACCCUCUACGCGUCCCUCAUCAUGCACUCCUACCUUCUCUCCCUCCUGUUCUGCGGGGCGCAGCUGGUCACCCUGCUUUACUACAUUGCCUCCUAUUUCCCUGGCGGCACUGCUGGGGCGCAGUCGGUGCUCGGCUUUGCGGGGCGCGCCAGCAUGUCGCUGGGCAGCAGCGCCCUUCGGGCAACCUUCAGCUCCUCGGGGCGGUGA